UCGAGUUUGUCUUCCUGGACCUGACGUCUCUAAAAUCAGUGAGACACUUUGCACAGACGUUUAAAAACAGAGGUCUCCCGCUGCACGUGCUGGUCAACAACGCUGGAACCAUGAUGGUCCCCGAGAUGAAGACGGAGGACGGCUUUGAGUUCCACUUCGGGCUCAACUACCUGGGCCACUUCCUGCUGACCAACCUGCUGCUGGACACGCUGAAGCAGUCGGGACGCCGCGGACGCUGCUCCAGGAUCGUCAACAUGUCCUCUGCCACUCACUACGCCGGAGUCCUGCACAUGCACGACCUAAACAGACG